GUCUCGCCCGCGGGACCUUCAGCGCUGGUCGGCCCUGUCUGGCACUGCGCCUUCCUGACACGUGCAGCACCCUUCCUUCCCUCCUAAAUCACCUACAGCUGCGUCCUUUCCUCUUCGCCUUCACUUACUACUGAGUUGCACGUGUUGUCUCUUCCUCCUCCUCCUCCUUUUGGUUUUCAGCACCUUUACUCACAUCUCCAUGUGGUAUUCUUUUCAUUUUAAGUUUCUAAGUGCUUCUUCAUCUUCGUCUUCCUAAAUCAACACGUGCUGUCUUCUUUCUCCUGUUAUCACUUAGUUUGCAUGUGCUGUCUCAUCGUAGUCGUUGUCCUCCUCCUCCUCCUUUUGUAAUAGCUACUUUCGCUCACCCAUAACCUCUACAGACACGCCAAUACAACACUUCUUCACUAUACCAGUGGCCACCUGCCCUGCAUGCAAGAAUGUAGCGGCCCUCUCGUGACACCCAGCCUAGUGGCCUGACCUCAUCUCACCUUCACACCUCCACCUGCCGUCGUUCCCCUGUGGACGGGAGACUGAGAGACGCUGAGAAACGAAUAUCAAGUGGCAGACUCAGAUGGUGGUAAUGCCGUGGGGACAACGGUGUCUCCUCCUGAAGGCGAUUUUGGGAAGCGUCCUCCUUUUCCUCCUCACCCUCACUAGUGCUUCCUCGGGGGAGAGGUGGCCAAGCAGCGGCUCCUUCCCUCACACCUCUAAGGACAUACGCCACCACCUCCACGCUGCCCACAGGUACAGGGGAUCAGGUCACCACAAGCACCAGGCCAUAGACACCAACAACAUUUCCUCCCUGCUGGACAACCUCCUGCAGGGCUACGACCAGCAGCUACGACCCUCGCACGGCGGUGCUCCUACCACCGUGGAGAUCGACAUCGAAGUUCGCAGCAUGGGUCAAAUCUCCGAAAUGGACAUGAGCUUCUCGAUGGACUGUUACUUCCGCCAGUCGUGGGUGGACGAGCGCCUGGCCUUUCCACUGCCGGGCGAGCCGUUCACGCUGUCCCUCACGGUGCUGGACAAGCUCUGGAAGCCCGACACAUACAUCCACAACGGCAGACAGAGCCACGUCCACCUCCUCACCGCACCCAACAAGUUUAUCCGACUCUACCGCAGCGGGAGAAUACUCUACUCCACCAGGCUGACCAUCAACGCCUAUUGCCCCAUGAGUCUCCACAACUUCCCAAUGGACACCCAGCGAUGCCCCCUCAAGAUGGGCUCCUCAGUCGCCUACACGACGCGGGACGUUGUGUACCGCUGGAACGAUGAUCGCCAGGUGGUCAUCGCACCCGACCUCAUGCUGUCCCAGUUUGACCUGAUUGCCACCCCGUCAGGCUUUGAGAACACCACCAGGCGAACAGGAGAGUUUUCGACGCUCCUGGCCAACUUCCACCUGCAGCGGCACAUGGGCAACUUCCUGAUCCAGGUGUACGGGCCGUGCAUGCUACUGGUGGUGCUUUCCUGGGUGUCCUUCUGGCUCAACAGGGAGGCCACGGCGGACCGCAUCUCCCUCGGCAUCACAACGGUGCUCACCAUGACCUUCCUUGGCCUGGAGGCGAGAACGGACCUCCCCAAAGUGUCAUACUCCACGGCCCUCGAUCUGUUCGUGUGGCUCUCCUACGGCUUCAUCUUCGCCACCAUCAUUGAGUUCGCCUUCGUGCACCUCUUCACCAAGGUGGGCUCCGGUGAAGUGUACGAGUGGGAGGAGGAGGAAGAGGAGGAGGAGGAAGAGGAAGAAGAGGAACAUGCCCGCGACGACAAUAAUGAUGAGGAUGGUGGUGGAGAUGACGAUGCUGGCUUUGAUGACAAUGACGUGGAGGAUGAUGACGCGAUGGCACAACGACAGGCAAUGGUGACACACACCAUCUUGUCCACAAGAAAGAGAGAGAAAACCCAUUCGUUUGAGGAACAAAACGACACAAGCGGCUACCCGUACCCGCUCUCUCCUUCACCUCUGCCACCACCAAUUCCGAGUUGCAGCAGCAAGGCCCCCUCACUGGCUGAACCAACCCACCCUGCCUCUCGACUAUCCUCCACCGCCAAUGCACCCUUCACUGUGUGUCGAAGAAGGAAAGUGUUGCAAACAGCCAUGCCGACGACCUCCACUUCCCUCACAUCUAGGAGACGGAAAGGAGACGUGGGGCAGCCAGCACAGGGGCGGCAGCAGUGCUGCGUUAAACACACUAUCAACUCAGUGUCCUACAUUGACGAGGCCUCCAGGGUGCUAUUCCCUCUCACCUUCCUGUGCAUAAACCUUCUGUACUGGUGCACCUACCUGCCUGCUGAUUAACCUAUCACCCCUAACAGCCUACCGAUUAACACCACCAUGCACCUUCACCACCUGCUUGCUACCUAACCCUCCAUCAACCACUACCAACACCCCUGGGCUGUUGCCUAACCCCCAUUAACCCCUAACCCACCACUACUACCACCCCUGGGCUGCUGUUUAACCCCCCAUCAACCCCUAACCCAUCACUACCGCCACAUGCCUGCUGCCAAACCCGUCUUCAUUUGCCUCCUCAUGCAUGCAGCACCACUAGAGCCAAGGAGUUUAGGAUGCAUCUUUUAGACUCCUCGACCACCACCACUAACAGACUGCCUAAUAAAACACAACACUCUGUCUGCUAUUUGGACCACCUCCACCACUACCUAUCCCACCCCCCACAUUCACUUUCCUGAUGAUUAUUAAGGCUGGGCGGUAUCGGUAUCGGUAUCGGUACCGGCACGGUGCGGUAACGGUACAAGACUGCUCAGUACUGGUACCAGUACUGGCCAUCAUCAGUCUUCACAACUCACACCCGCCUCAGUCGCUCAGGUACUCAGUUCCUCCUCACACGAAUAAGAGCCUGAGCGAAUAAACUU